CGAAGUGUCGGAGUUCAUGCUUCUUUUAAUCACCGAUCAGUAAUGCUUGGGAAAAGUCGCAAAUACCUGCAGAUCGGAUCGGAUAGGAUCAUUUGUCCUUCAUUCAACUGAAGAGUCAAACAAAAAUCACCUACUAAACAGGCGCAGAAAACACAAUAUCAAAACGCAUUGUUUGUGGUGAUUUAGUUUCCAGAUACAGUGAAAUGGCAGAAGCCAAUAUUUCAGUGGAUCAGGAUCAAUUCACUUGUCCAGUGUGUCUGGAUCUACUGAAGGAUCCGGUGACGAUUCCCUGUGGACACAAUUACUGUAAGAAAUGCAUCUCAGACUGCUGGGAUCAGGAUGAUCGGAAGGGAAUCUACAGAUGCCCUUUAUGUAAACAUUCCUUCACACAAAGACCUGGUUUAGGUAAAAACAUGGUGAUUGCUGAAAUGGUGGAGAAAUUGAAGAUAAGGCUCCAAGCUGCUGCUCCUACUGAUCCUCCUGCUUCUGUUCACACUGGACCACAUGUUCAGUGCGACUCCUGCACUGAAAUUAAACAGAAAGCAGUGAAAUCGUGUCUGGAGUGUCGGAGCUCUUACUGUCAAAAUCACCUUGAACAGCAUGAGAAUCUCUUCAGAGGUAAAGGACAUAAUCUGAUGGACGCCACUGGACGACUGCAGGAGAUGAUCUGCCCUCGACAUGGUAAAAUGCUGGAAAUUUACUGUCGUACUGACCAGCAGUGCAUCUGCAUGAUGUGUUUGGUGGAUGAACACAAAAGUCAUGACACUGUAUCCACUGGAGUGGCAAGAGCAGAGAAACAGAAACAUUUGGGUGAGAUGCAGAUAAAACUUAACCAGAAAUGCCAAAAGAAAGAGGAAGACGUUCAGGAGCUGAGGGAGGCUGUGGCGUCUCAUAAGCGCUAUGCACAGGCAGCAGUGGAGGACAGUGAGAGGAUCUUCACUGAACUCAUCCGCUCUAUUGAGAAACGUCGCUCUGAGGUGACGCAGCUGAUCAGAGAUCAGGAAAGAGCUGCAGUGAGUCGAGCCGAAAUAAAACUGGCUCGAUUGGAGAAGGAGAUCAAUGAGCUGAGGAGGAAAGAUGCUGAACUGAAGCAGCUUUCAGAAACACAGGAUCAUGUUCAUUUCCUCCAGAGUUUGUCGUCUGCCUCAGUCUCUGUCUCUGGAUCAACAGACGGCUACACUGUCAGUUCUCAUCUGUCUUUUGAUGAUGUAAUUAGAUCAGUUUCUCAACUCAGAGACAAACUGCAGCAGUUCUGCAGAGAGGAGACGGACAGGAUAACUGAAACAGUGAAACCAAUCCAGGUCAUUAUUGCUCCUGAAUACGAGACCAGAGAGGAGUUUCUACAAUAUUUCCAUCCAUUCACUUUGGAUUCAAACACAAUUUAUUCAAGUCUCCGUCUGUCUGAGGACAACACAGUGAUCACUUCCACCAGUUGUAAUUACAGAUAUCCCAAUCAUCCAGACAGAUUUGACUAUUGGAUAGAGGCGUUGUGUCGGGAGAGUGUCAGUGGACGCUGUUACUGGGAGGUUGAGUACAGCGGUGUUGAGGGUGUCCAUAUAGCAGUGGCUUAUAAGAGCAUCAAGAGAAAGGGAAAGAGUGGUGAUAGUCGAUUUGGAUAUAAUAAUCAGUCCUGGAGAUUGUACUGCUGUACCUCCAAGUGCUCAUUUAGACACAAUACCAUACGGACUGAACUCCCUGUGGUGUCCAGUCGUAGAAUAGGAGUGUAUGUGGAUAACAGUGCAGGGAUUUUGUCCUUUUUAAGUGUCUCUGACACAAUAAGUCUCAUUCACAGAGUCCAGACCACAUUCACUCAGCCGCUCUAUGCUGGGAUUGGAUUACAAAAUAACACAACAGUGAAACUGUGUCGUCUGAAUAUAUAAUUGCCAUAUCACAUCUAAGCAUUGUGAAACAAAUGAUAAGAUGUUUGUAAUUUACGAGGAGGAACUGAUAAUCAAAACUGUGUGGUUUUUUUUUUUAUGUCUUUUGUUGGAAUUUGUUUACUUUUGGUGAAUUAUUGUCUCAAGUAACUUUCAAACCUGAUUCUCAUGGUGUUAAAGAAAGAAAUUCAUAAGACUGUUGUUUGUUGUUUUACAUUUUGUGUGCUGUUUCAAGGACUUUUAUUCAUUGCUUUUAUUCAAUUGGUUUGGUUUUAUAUCUGAAUAUAUCAGAUCCUAGUACCUGCACUUCAAAUUAUUAAUUAAUGAAUGAAGCAAAACAAAACCAAGACAGACAUGUUGUUCUCAGUCUACUGAAGAUCUUGUGUCACCACCAGGAGGUUUUUAGCUAUAUAUCCCAUACAUCGAACACAAUGCAUAACAGCCUGCUAUAUAAACGUUCUUUUGUCUCGUAUUUUAAUUACAUUUGUGACCCUGGACCACAAAACCAGUCAUAAGGGUAAAUUUUUUUUCAAAGUUGAGAUUUAUGCAUCAUCUGAAAGCUGAGUAAAUAAGCCAAAUAGGACACUAUUUGGCCGAGAUACAACUAUUUGACAAACUGGAAUCUGAGGGUAUUAUAUUGAGAAAAUCACCCUGGAAAUACAUAUUACUAGUCAAAAAUUAAGUUUUGAUAGAUUUAUGGUAGGAAAUUUACAAUCUACAUGGAACAUGAUCUUUACUUAAUUUGCCAAUUUUUUUUUCAUAAAAGAAAAAUGUAUAAUUUUGACCAAUGCAAUGUAUUGUUGGCUAUUGCUACAAAUAUACCUAUGCUACUUAAGGCUGGUUUUGUGGUCCAGGGUCACAUUUUAAAUCUCUUUCAGAAGUACAUGUGCAUGUUAUUAUAAAACCUAACAAAAACAUGAUCAGUUUACUUAAGCAAAUCUGUAUAAGUAAAAAUUGUAGUUUAUGCCACUGCUUAAAACAUCUGGGAAAAAAAUAAAUCUGGCCAAGAUAAAGUAAUCUGACCUUUUGUUUCAAGUUUGGAUGAUGAGGUGUUUUUAAUGACAGCACUCACAUUUGAAGCACAACUAAAACAUAAUGUUAACAUGUAUUAUUUAAACCAAAUGUGUUUUUAUAAUGUUGCAUAAAAGUUAUUACCAUGUUCUUCAUGGGUAUAAAAAGACAUUAGGUCAUAUACAUUUUACUUUUAGCAUUUAUUUUUUAAUGCACAGACCAAGAUGGAUGUGUUGACUUCAUUUCAGCUUUAUUUUGCUGUGCAGACAUGUAAAAAGCAAUGCAAAAGCUUUUUCACUGGAAAUGAAAACAUGUUCCUCAGAAACGUAGUGUCAGUAGAAACAAUGAGCACUAUUUAUUAACUUUUGAUGGCUUGGGUGUUUGUUCCAAGGAAUUGAUUUGAUGUUGUUUGCCGGCAGCAUUAGAACAUUCUAGAACAUUCUUUAACCUUUUCCGGAUCUCAUCAAACCACUUUCCCAACCCAUCACUACUAGAAAUUAAUUUGGUUGUUUUAACUCUAGAAAAGAUGAUUAUAUUUCCAAAUAGUGCUUCUUGGUGUUGAAAAGGUUCUAAUAGAAAUGUUGUUGUAAUUUGUUGACAUCUGUAUAAUGUCAUGAGUUUGUAUGUCGUGUCAUAAUGCUAUUAGAGUACAAAAAUCAGUAAGGGUGCAUCUUACAGAAAAAAAAAAAAAAAAAUCAAUUUAAGUUAACCAUCAGAAUUUUUACUAAUAUAUAUACCUUUAAGAUACAUUUUUUUGACAAUCCAACAUACCUAUCAUUAAAAAACGCAGUAAAAAUAGGAUUUUACUGAAUUUACCUCUUAUCGUGACAUAGGCACAAAAAAUUGGGCCCCCCUUCCCUAUUAAUAAAUACCACCCCAGCAAAAUAAAUAAAUAAAUAAAAUAAUAAUAAUAAUAAUAAUAAAAAUAAUUAGAAAAAUAAUUAAAAGUAAUUAGUGGAAACCAUAGUGUUUUCUAUUGCAAGCCCUUGUGUUCCAUCGAUAAAGAUCGAAUGUAGUUCUUAAUUUGUUUUAGAACAGAGAAAGUCUGUUCCAUAAAUAGGCUCCGGCGUCUUCAGAUGUGCAUCAUUAUUCUAAUAAUUUUAAUGGCCUGGAGUCACAACCACUCCUCAAGACAUUGUGUAGAUGAUUUAUUUCAAGACAUUUGUCAUGUUUCCGUCCUGAAACCUUGUGUUUGUUGAACUAAUUUCUUACGCACCUCAUUCCAAACCUAAUAACAGAGGCUUGAGCCACUGAUAUAAAAGUUAUUAAUGCAGUCUUAUGCAGUUAUUGACCAGUUUUGCUGUCGCUGACAAUGAGUUUCUGUUCGUGUCCCCGCGUGUGUGCACUAGUGCGUACUGUGUGAGAACGGGAGAAAGAAAGUGUGAUUUCUGUAUAUAAAAGGUGGAAAACAUGGAAAUGGUUGUCAUUUUUUACCCCUUUGUUUGUUAUAGUGUAAGUAUUUGUUGUAAGUAUUGUAUUGGUUGGCAAGUAUAACAAAAGUAUUAUAUGGCUCUUUGUUGUGUUUGAAAGCCCUCCCAUGCAUAAAUCCGGUCCUGCCUGUUUUUCAAGAAUGUAAUCAAGAGGAUAUAUGAACCCUACUGUAAGGAGGAAAUAAACUGUCGAGCUGCAGUGAGUAUCGUUUCUCUGUC